GACUUGGUUGGCAAAAUUCUGCCAGAUGAGCCCUGCGACUUUGAGAAAGCUUUGCGCAUUGAGGUGCUUAAAAUCACUCAAAGGGGCGGGCCGGUCCUCACUCCGGACUCAUCCACCAAGGACGCCAGCGCUGGAUCUCCAGUCAAGAAGGACAAGGUGACCACUUCUGUCAGAUGUCGCUGCAAGUUAAUCAUCUGUCGCGCGCCACGUCCAGAAGAACUUCGGAUCCUCUACUGUGAUAGCCAAAUCUGCACUGUCAAGGUGCCGUCAGAUGCUGACGGGGGUCGCCGGAUGGCUCGGAUCUACCUCACCAAGCCUUUCCAUAUUCCCGCGGAGAAGAUCUAUGUUCUUCGAGAGGACGACGAUCUCUUCACCUUGGAAGACUCUUACUUUAUCUCUGUCGAGUUGGAAUCAGCUGGCGACCCGAACUGGCCUCCGCAAGCUCUCCUUGCCAAGGAGCAGCGAGAUGACGCCAAGGACGCAGGAAAGCGCUGGGUUCUAUCGGCCCAGACAACAUACCAAUUUGACAAGCACCGGACAACAGCGCCCGUGAAGCUCAGGAGAAAGGUCGGCUUCGAGGCCGAUGCUGGUUUGGAUUUAGACAUCGAUCUGAGAUGGUCAACCAACCAUGCAGGCGCGCCUCUGCGCUCAAGGCCACUCGAGUCGCCUUCAGAGGCGAAGGCAGCAGCAAGCGGUGCUCUAGAACCACUCACGAGUGGCCAACUCAAUCAGAGCGCUGAGACUGAGAACAUCAUGCAUGCAGGGGAUGGUCACGAACCACCACCGGAUGAAGAUUUUGACGAGACUGGAGAAGCAGUCACGCCAACACGAGCUCUAAGACAGAAGAAGAAGCAGAUUUACAACCUCAAAGCAUUGAGCGACAAAGCCCGCGGGAAGGGCCUGAAGGAACGGAAACAGCAAGUCAAGGUCACAGAGAGUGGCGUCGAGGCGGGACGCGUGACCUGGGUGCUUCCACAACUCGGUCAAGUCACGACGGCUGACUUCGGCUGCAUUCGAUGCUAUGCCACGCAUCCAUCUCAGGCAUUGCUUCUGCAGCACACCGAGGAUCACCCGGAAUUCAAGUUCAGGCUCGACUUGAGUGGGAAGCACGGCAUGAGGAUCUUGAUAUCACAACAUGGCCAACCCACACCAGAGCCAGAAGAUGCGGAAAGUGAGCCGGCACGGGAGAUGACUCCGCGGAAACAGCCCAAGCCUCGCGUAUCGCAUCAGAAGCAGCGCUUGCUUCCUGUGAAGCCAAAGGAUCCUAGGCAGCUGAUCCCGGACAACAAGCAACCGCUCUACAACCGCGUGACAAAGGCAACGCUUGCACCUGGGGCCUUGAUAGAACCACCACCCGUGGACGACUCGUGGCUGAUGCAAAAACAUCGGGAUGUUAUUCUUGACUACAGCGACGUGCAUGCAGAGGAGAAGGAGUACAUCUGCGAGUGGGAUGCGUUUGUCUUGAAGCAGCGUAUCACCGAGCCUCACCUUCAGAAUGUCUACCUGAGCUUCAUCGAGGAGAAGGCGUCCUGGCUCACUUCACGGCAAAGUCGCAUGAUAGAGUUUGCCAAGCAUCUCACUUAUCUGAAGGCCCGGAACUCAUUGACACAGGAGACGAUCAUCAAAGCAUUUGCAAUGUUGCGAGACGCAAAGGCGGACGCGCAGGAGGUUCCGUCUGAGGAGCCAAAACCGGCGUCACCAAGGGUUGAAGGCAGGAGGUCUGCGUCAGGUUGUGGCGUGUGCGGUCAGCAAGUCCGUGGCCCUUCGACGCUGAUAUGUGAUAAUGAGGUACGUUUCUAUAUUGAGGUGUGGUGUGCAAUUUGGCUAAAUGAUAUCGCAGGAUUGCGAUCGACCCUUUUACCACGACGACUGUAUCCGCUCGGAGGCGAAAAUGCCUGUAAGCAGUCGCCGAUGGCGGUGCAAUGGAUGCCACGAGGACGCGAUGGUGGUCGAUUGAGAGUACGCACCAAGCGCAACAUAUCAUCUACUAUGGUGCAGGACAAGGCUAGUGAGGGCGACGAAUAUGAUGCCAGAUACACGACCCACAGGAGGACUGGCUACGCAUCAACGAGAUCAGGGCCGUGGAAGCUAACAUCCUGGCACGCCUACCGGCUGAAUGGAGAGGGAGGUGUGGCAUGAGAUGGAGCCUGGUCACUUGAUGCUUGGAAGGGCAAGCUCAAGUUUAAAUACAGAUUUAUGUCGUAAAGGGGGAAAGCUCUCGUGCAUACCAUUAGAGCGUUGGCACCGAGUACAGGGGCGCAGCACAUGCAGACAGGUGCUCUCUGGGAUGACGUGGUGCGAACUAUUUUCGAAGACACUUUCGACGGUGCUGGGCCGGGGCUCUUUGACCGUCGACAGUCAAUGCAAUAUACCAUCAUACAGUCGUCCAUGGAGCUCCUACACGAGAGUCUGGAUGACGGCGCCUCUUGAUGUUUAUGGAGAGCAAGCUACAUAGAGAGAGAAUGGGACAUGAUUUAGUGAGGCAACAAUAUUGCAUGCAGCGGAUAUGCAUUCAGUAGUCACACCUAGGAUGAUUGCCCAUAAUUUUCAUGUAACGUUUAUAA